AUGGCAAGACAACCUAUUGAAAAGAAAGAUGCUUCUAAAAAGAAGUCAACUGUCAAAGAUGCAGGUGUCAAAAAGACAACUAAGGAAACCAAACCCAAAAAAGCUAUUACAGACGAUAUUGAUGAUAUUUUCAGUGGCAAGGCAACCAAAUCCUUAGAAAAGAAAGAACAAAAGAAGCUACCCAAAAAAUCAAAAAAGGAUACCAAAAAAGAAGAAAGCGAAGAAGAAGAAGAAGAAGAAGAGUUAUCCAAGGAGCAAGCUGAAAAAGUGCAGGAGGUUGUCUUUGCUGAAUUGGCUGCCGUCAAGAAUAGUAAGCCAAGCACAAAGAAACGUCCUGUACCACUACCAUCCGCUGAUGAAGAUUUUGGUGAUUCUCGGGGUUUGAAGAAGACAAACCGUACUACUGAAGAUGGAUAUCCUCUUUAUGAUGUUAAGGAUUUAAAUAUUGGUAAUGGCUUAGAUACACCUGAUUGUCCUUUUGACUGUAAUUGUUGUAAGUAA